AUGGCCGACAAGAUAUCCAUCACUAUUUGCGGCGACGGAGGAUGUGGUAAAUCGUCCAUUACACUUCGACUGGUGCGGUCACAAUGGACAUCAGAGUACGAUCCCACCAUUGAAGACUCGUACUCGGUCACGCGCACAAUCGACGGCCUCAACUAUCACCUAUCCCUGACCGACACAGCCGGCCAGGAAGAAUACCGAAGUCUGUGGGCCGCGUCCAACCUGCAGUCCGAUGCCUUCCUCCUCGUCUACGACAUCACCAACACCGCGUCCCUCGAAGGUCUCACUUGGUUUCUCGACAUGAUUGACAUUGAGGCCGAGAAUAGGCUCGAAGAGAAUGCCAGGCUUCUCCAACAAAAGGGCCUGAGGGUCCGCGGUCGGAGAGAAGACGGCUGGAGAUUCCCCCCCAUCAAGAUCAUCGCCGGCAACAAAUGCGAUCUGAAGGAUGCCAGAGUUGUUAGCAGCAAGUAUGGCUGGGACUGGGCCAAGAGCCGGGGUUGUGGUUUCAUGGAGACUUCGGCCAGAGAGAUGGUCAACAUCGAAGAGACCUUUGCUUGUAUGCCUGCUCCGUUUUCCUCUCAUUGGCAUUGA